AUGGGUCAAUUAACUCAACUAAGAUUGUUAGAUUUGAGUGAUUGCUAUCUUUUGGAAGUUAUAGCUCCAAAUGUGAUAUCAAAAUUAUCCCAACUUGAAGAACUUUAUUUAAAGGGAUGUCUUAUUCAGUGGAAGAUUGAAGUACUUGAGGAAUUAAAGCUCUUGCUUAACCUCACCAAUGUAGAAUUGAAUAUUGAAGAUGACAAGGUUUUGCUUGAAGCCUUCUUUUCUAAAGAGCUUAUAAGGUACAAAAUAUUAGUGGGAAAUUGGUGGUACCCAAUUCCAACAUUUGGUGAACAAGAGUGUUUGAGGAUAUUGAAAUUGAGGUACAAUUCUACCAUCUACUUGGAAGAAUUACGUGGAAUCAAGAAUGUUGAACUCUUAUACUUAGCCGAAUCUUUAGAUGAUCAUAAACAUUCAAAAUUCAGUUUGCAGUCCAAUGAAAUCACACCACUUUUUAACAAAAAGGUUAUCUUUCAUGAUUUAAAGAUUUUGGUAUUGAAGAAUAUUAUUUCUAGAAAGAUUUGGGACAGUCAACUUCCGUCUUCCUCCUUUGAAAAUUUGAAAAAAUUGAUAUUGCGUAGAUGUACAAAGAUCAAAUUUGUGUUUCCUUAUACCAUAACCAAAAACCUCCAGCAACUCCAAUAUCUUGAGAUAAAGGAUUGUAUUGAUUUAGAGGAAAUUGUUGCUAUAAAAGAAAUAACAGAAGCAGUUGCCAGUUUUGUCUUUCCUCAAGUAACCUUUUUGAAGUUUGAAAAUCUACCUGAACUUGCAACUUUUUAUCCUGGAAUACAUACUUCAAAAUGGCCUAAGUUGAAAAAGUUGGUGGUGAGAGAUUGUGACAAAUUUAAGUUGUUCAAUUCAGAAUCAAAUUCUUCGUGCUUGGACCAGAAGGUUCACUUUCGUGAUUUAGAGGUCUUAAAAUUGAAGAAUAUUAGUUUUGAAAAGAUUUGGGAUAGCCAACUUUCAACUUCUUCUUAUCAAAAUUUGACACACUUGACCUUAUUUGAAUGUGAUAAAAUAAAAUAUAUGUUUCCUUUGUCAAUAGCCAAAAGCCUCCAACAACUUCAAUGCCUUGAGUUAACGAGUUGUAAGGUUUUAGAGAGAAUUAUUGCUCCAGAAGGAGGAACAGAAGCAACUGUCAAUUUUUCCUUUCCGCAGGUAACCAAAGUGAAGCUUGAAUAUCUACCAGAGUUUACAAAUUUCUAUCCUGGAAUAUAUACUUCAGAAUGGCCAAAAUUGGAAGAGUUGGUGGUUGAAGGUUGUGGUAAAUGUAAGAUGUUGACUUCAGAGCUAAAUUUCCUAUGCUUUGACCAAAAGAUCAACCAUGAUUUGAAGGAAUUUCAAUUAAGGGAUGGUUUGGAAAAGAUUAGUUGGUGGCGUCAAUAUAAAAAACUUGAAAUCUCCUAUUAUAAGUCAACGCCUAUUCCACUUUGGCCCUUUCAAAAAUUUGAAAAUCUUACAUGUCUUUUUGUUCAUGGUUGUCAUGAGUUGGUUAACUUAACAACACUUUCAACAGCUAGAAGUUUGGUGCAACUGAGAGAAUUGAAGAUAUCACAUUGUAAAAUGUUGAUGGAAAUAUUAGAAAUUGAGGAAGAUGCAACAAUUGAAAUUGUUUUUGAGAAUUUGAGCAAGUUGUCAUUUGAUAGCAUAGAAAGUCUUAUAUGUUUCUGCUCAGGGAAUUACACUUUCAAUUUCCCAUCAUUGGAAGAGUUAAAUAUAAAAAAUUGUCCGAAUAUGAUAACCUUCUGUAAAGGAAUCUUGAGCACUCCAAAGUUACAGAAAAUCAGUUAUGAGGAAAUGGAAGUAGAGAAUGAAGAGAAUGAUCUUAAUAAAACCAUACAAGGAUUAUAUAAAAAGAAAAACCAGGACAUCUCUCUUGAUUUGAAUUUGAAGUUUAAGACAUUCCACCAGGAUAAUUCUAUAGAGAUUGGCUACAACCAACACCCAACUUCCUUCUAUCAAAAUUUGACACACUUGAUCUUGUGGGAAUGUGAAAACAUAAAAAAUGCGUUUCCAUCUUCCAUUGCCAAAAGCCUCCACCAACUCCAACAACUAAAGAUUCAAAAUUGCAAGGUUUUAAAGGAGAUUGUUGCAAAAGAAGAAGGAGCAAAUGCAGUUGUCGAUUUUGUCUUUCCAAAUAUAACCUUAUUGAUGCUUGAAGAUCUACCAGAACUUACAGCCUUCUACCCUGGAAUAUAUACUUUAGAAAUGCCAAAGUUGAAAGAGUUGGUGGUCAAAGAUUGUACCAAAUAUGUGAGCUUAAAAGAAAACAAUGUAGAGAUUGAGCUUAAUAUUUUAGAUCCAAAAUUUAUCUUCUUGGACAAUAAGAUUAAUUUCAAUUUGAAGGUUUUUGAUGGUGAGACAAAUAUUGGUUGGUUGAGUCAAUCUAAAACUCUUACAAUCGAUGAGGAUUUCUCCGUAAAUAUUCCACUUCAACUCCUUCAAAGAUUUGAAAAUGUGAGAGAGCUCCAACUAUCUCAAAGUCAAUAUAAAGACAUUAAGAGCCUAUGUGAUCUUCCAAAUCUUGAAAUUCUAGAAGUACAUUAUUGUUACAGAUUGAUCAAUCUAGUGCCAUUCUCAGGUUCUUUCCAAAAUCUUAAAGUUUUGAAGGUAAGUUCAUGCAAUGGAUUAAUAAUGAAGUUAAUUACACUUUCAAUGGCUAAAAGUUUGACGCAGUUGAGAGAACUUAGCAUAUCAUAUUGUGAUAUGUUGACUGAAAUAGUCGAUAAUGAGGGAGAUGCAACAAGUACUGAAAUUGUGUUUAAUAGUUUGAACAAGUUGUCACUUGAACGUUUAGAAAGUCUCAUAUGCUUUUGCUCUGGGAAUUACUCCUUUAAUUUUCCAUCUUUGGAAGAGUUAAUUAUAGAAGAUUGCCCUAAUUUGGAGAUUUUUUGUCGAGGAAGCAUAUGCACACCAAAGUUAGACAAAGUCAUUUACAACUUUGAAGAUAGUGUCAUUAAGUUUGAUUACGCUAAGCAUGUGAGACCGGUAGAGAUUGAGAAUAAUGACUUGAAUACAAUUAUACAACAAGAAUACAAAAAACAGGUUGGCUUCUCUUGGAAAGAAUUGACAUUAAGUGGAAGGAAUAUCAAGACAACUUUGCAAGGAGAGUUUCAAGAGAACCUUGACAAAGUAGAAACUCUUCGAUUGGUGAAAGAUGACCAUGCAUAUAUCCAAAUUCAUAUUCUUGAGAAAUUUAUCAAUCUUGAAGAACUCAUAUUGACAGUAAGUUCAUAUGAAGAGAUGUUUUCAUGUGAAGAAGGUGAGGAAUAUGUUGGAGCACUCUCAAAAUUAAAAGUUCUACAAUUGCAAGGACUUUUUAAUUUAAAGUGCAUUUGGAAACAGGACUCUUGGUUCAAAUCAAUUCUUCAAAAUCUUCAUUCUUUAAAUGUUAAACAUUGUCACAAUUUGAUGACUCUAUUGCCGUCUUCAUCAUCUUUUAAAAAUCUAAUUACUUUGAAGGUACAGUAUUGUAGUGGCAUGCAAAACUUAAUGACAUCCUCAACAGCCAAAACUCUGGUGUGUUUAAAAAACUUGUCAAUAGAAAAAUGUGAAAUGAUGACAGAGGUAUUAGCAAAUGAGGGAGAUACAGAGAAAGAUGAAAUUAUUUUUAAGAGAUUGGAGGAUUUACGCUUGGUUAAUUUAGAAAGUCUCACAUGCUUCUAUUAUGGGAAUUACACAUUAAAUUUUCCAUUCCUAAAUUCAUUAGCUGUGCAUGAAUGCUCCAAGAUGAAGACUUUUUCAAGAGAAGGUGUAAACAUGCCAAGGUUACAGCAAGUGAACUGGAGAAAUUGUUCAGAUGACCUUAAUUAUGUCACAACACAAUUACAAAAUGAUUGUUCAAAGUUAUGGGAAAAAUUCCCAUGGUAGCAAAGUCCAAAAUCAUAUGAGUUAGUAUCUCGAGUGGUUUUGUGGUUUCAGUUCACACUCAAUUCUGAAAGAGCCAUAGAGACCUCCCGAGUUCUCUCCCUCCCGCUCUCUGUAACCCAAUCGAAAUCGUCGACGAUCGUCUGCUUAAUUGCGAGAAAUCCAGAUGAGUUUGCCAAGUUUUAGUAAAUCUGUUCAGCACAGUCAGCGAAAUUGGUGCCAAAUGACUUCAAUACACUGUGAGCAGAUCAGAAGUUGAAAUUGAUGUCAUUUUUUUGGUCUGAUUUUAGUUGACAGGUGGAUAUAAUGUGAUUUAGGAACUUUCCUUGUGGAUCUAUAUAAUGAAGCUUUAGAUUUUAAAAUGUGAUUUGUUGAAAUGCUGUUUGAAAAUGUCAUCUGCUAGGCAGUAUUCAAUUUAGGUAAGGUCCAUCAAGGAUUGUAAAGUGCAAAUACAUAGAAUUGAAUGGCUCCUGAAUAUAUUUAUCUGGUUAUACAUCUGGUACACACUAUAUCAUGCUUCAAUUUGAGCAAGAAUAAUUUGAUAGUGCAUUAAUGCAGAUAUAAGCUGUUUAUGUCUUUAGUAAUCUGCUUUUGAGAUUGAUAAUUAUAUCAAUACUUAGAAAAUGUAGCUGGUGGUUUUAUUGGAGUUGAUAACGGUAGAAUUUUAAGCAUGUGUACAUUCGGUUUGGGUAGGCAGAAAUAAUGCCCAACUUGCAUGAUGAAGUUACAUGAUUGAAAUUCCAGAGCUGGUGAGACUCUCCAUUUGAUGAUUGGAAGGGCUUUGUUUUGAGACUAACUGACUAAUAUAUUGAUGAAUAUGCUAACCUAUAAAAGUUGUGUUUCUGUUGGAUUUUUAGUCAGUUAUGAGCCAAGCAGAGGACAGGCAUUCCGGCAAGGACUCAAAUAAAGCUAGAAAUGGCAAUGCAUGUCAGAUGGUGAUCUUAUACAUUCAUGUAUAAUGAACAGAACUGGUGUCUGACAUUGCCCAAUAUAGCCAAAAAAAGCCACAGAGAUUCUUGGUUCAGGACAUCACAGUUACAGGCUAGACGAAAUUGCUCCCCGAAAAAAAAAAAAAUCAUCAGGGGAACGCUUGAUUUUUCUGCCCAGUGUCUUGGUGUUGGAGACUGAGGAGGUAGGGAAGUUUUAGUUGUAGCUACUGUAUUAAUUCUACAAGUAAUUGAGAAGUACAUAAGUAUAUAUUUGUUUUUCUCUGUGUUUGGAUAUGAUGAUGGAGGUCAGUAAAAGAGAGGAGGCAGGAAUUGUUCUGGAUGUAGAUGUAGAUGCUUCUGAGAAAGUAUCUUUAACAUUUGCGUUCCUUAUGAUGUUGGUAAGGUCAAAUGCAUGCAUUGUUCUUAACAGUGGUCAUUUUAACUGGCAAUUUUAAAGAUAUUUCUCUUGAAUGGAGCUGUGACCAUACUUUCUUUGGCUUAUUUGUUUCUGCGCAAAUGUUUUGAGUUUAUGUAUCUCAGUUGUUAUUUUGGCUUCCCAGGUCCUUUGAGUUUUAUAUCUGCACUGAAACAAUGGUGAGAGAUGACAUGAGAAGAGGCAUCUCUCACUGUCUUAAAGGAGACGGACUACAGAUUGUUAUAGAUGCAACGAUCACAAUGAAGUAGACUUGGAUAUUGAUGUUCUUCAGGCAACUUACUACACGGGUGCCCUGUUCUUUGGACUCAUGAAGCAACUAACCAUGUUUUGUAGACGAGCUGGAAAUUACCUAUGUUUUGUACACAAGCUGACAUUGACGCUAAGUGCAGAUCAGAAGUUGAAACUGAUGUUGUUUUUGUCACAUUCUAGUCAGCAUGUGGACACCAUGUGAUUUCAGGAACUUUCGUUGAGGAUCUAAAGGUGUAAUUAUAAAACUUGAUUUACUUAACAUGUUUGAAAACGUGAUUUUUGAGAUUAAUUGGUACUGCAAGGAUCGUGAAGGAAAA